AGAGGCGGUUUUUUUAUCGCGCCCGGCGGUUAUCCCAUCCGUUAUCCGUUAUCAAAUUAUAUUGUUCAGAAUUCAUAUCAUUCGAUUCGGGGAGAGUUAAUUUUCGAAAUUUUACACAAUAUUGGCUGUGAUUUUGUAAAGUUGAAUUUGAUUUCAAUAGGUGUAUAUACGAUUUAUAUUUUUGUAUUACAUACUUUGUUUAUUGUAACCUACAAGUAGGCAAAAUGUGGCCAGAGAUAGAACAGGCAAAAAUCGAAAACAGGCACGAACUUGUUCUUUCUGGAAAAGAAAUAGCAUCGAAGAUUGCGAAAAAUGGUUUGGAUUUAUCUGUCUUCACUUUAGAGGGCUUAAAUUUUUUGAAUAUCAGUGGAACAGAGCUCUCGGCAAUUCCUGAUGAUAUCGGCAAGCUAGCGAAUUUGCAGACGUUGGUUUUGCAUUCCAACAAGUUAGAGCAUGCCAAUGAAAACAUAGCCAAGUUGACUAAACUUAAAAUGUUAGAUUUGUCGAGAAAUCUAAUAACUUCGAUUCCUGAUGGUUUUGCAGAUUUACCACUAACGACCUUAAAUUUAAACGUGAACAGGCUUGAAUCUUUUCCUGAAUUUACGAAGAAUAGUAAAUUAGCGGUCUUAGAUCUUUCUAAUAAUAAGCUGAAGUUGUUCCCUAGAGUUUGUUCCGAAGAAUUAGUUAAUUUAUCCGAGUUGAAGUUACAUGGAAAUGAAAUCGAAGAAAUUCCGAACAACAUACAUGUGUUACCUCUCCUGAAAUUGCUGGAUAUUAGCGAGAAUAAAAUAAAAACACUUCCUGGGGAGCUUGCUGAAUGUCAUAAAUUAAAAGAUUUAAAUUUAAAAUCAAAUCCCGUCUCAGACAGGCGUCUGUUGAAAUUAAUUGAUCAAUGUAGAACAAAACAAGUCUUAGAUUAUGUCAAGCAGAACUGUCCAAAGACUACUAAUGGUGAUGUUGCGAGCAAAGGAAAAUCUAAAAAGAAAAAUAAGAGUAAAAAUGAUGAUGAGGAGGAUGAUAAUAGUGUUGCAGAUUAUAAGUACUCUAUUAAUGUUAAGAGUCACAACAAUAAUUUCAAGGUGAUUAUUAAAAAUGGCGUUAAAACGGUAAGAGAGCACUUUGCUGCCUGCGUUGUCAACAAUGUGUCAUUUACCGAGGAAUCUUUCAAGAAAUUUAUCCAAUUACAAAACAAGCUCCAUGAUUCAGUCUGUGAGAAAAGGAAUGUAGCAACUAUAGCCACUCAUGAUUUCAAUAAAUUGCCUCCAGGAGAUUUAAUCUACUCAACCUCUCAACCUUCUGAACUGAUGAUUAAACCUUUAAACAGAGCGACCGUAAUGAGUGGUGCUGAGCUAUUUACAAAACUUCAAACGGAAGCCAAUAAUUUAAGGAAGGAAAAGAAGAGGAGCACAUAUAGUGGAAUUCACAAAUUUUUAUACCUGAUUGAAGGAAAACCGCAAUAUCCAUGUGUCAUAAAUGCGAAUAAGGAAGUCAUAUCAUUUCCACCUAUUACGAAUUCAGAUAUUUCUAAGAUUGAAGUGACAACAACCCGAAUGUUCAUCGAGGUUACCAGUUCUCUCUCACCGCACUCUUGUAAAAACGUACUGAAUACGCUGCUCAAAGACAUGGUGCUGUUAUUUGAGAAAGACUUGGAGGUGGAGCAAGUAAAGACUGUAGACGAGCAGGAGCAACUAAAAGUGGUUUAUCCCUCAAAAACUGAUCUUGUUUUCGAAAAAUCAGUUUCUAUUAAAACUAAUAGGGAUUAAUAGAUUUUGUUGCAUCUUUUAUUUGACUGUGUACUUUCCACGAUGUUGUAAAUGGUAAACUGAUAACAAUUAAUUAACACGUUGUGUAAAUUUGUUAGAAGAAAGGGUAAGGAUUGUCUAGUUUGUCCAGUAUUGUUAAUACUGAAGGCAUGAAACAAAACUAUUAAAAAAAUGUUGAUUAAAAUUAGGUUAUGUUAUAUAUAACAAAAUAUGUUAGUGUAAACUAUUAAAAAAAUGUUGAUUAAAAUUAGGUUAUGUGAGAUUAUGUUAUAUAUAACAAAAUAUGUAAGUGUAACGGGGUACGGGUUCGCGUGAUAGAUUAUGGUCACCACGGGGCGAUAUUGAGCAAUAGCGAAUGGCGGGAGGAAAAGGACUAUGGGUAAAAUGCACUAACUUUCGGUUCACACCACAUAUUAUAUUCCGUGAUCAACAAAACAUGAACAAACAGUAUAGUUACUACAAUAAUAGAAUAAUAAAAAAAUGUAACAAUAGUCCAGAGUCUUUUCCCACCGACUCGAUUCGUGUGUCAGCAUCUUCUAAUCUUUUUCUCCCGCGCAGUCUCUGCGAUUCAUUCGAUUCUUGAAGGGAGACAUCAUACAGCUCGGCCAGAGAAGCACAGGGCCGGCUCGUUACAUAAGUUUUAUUUUGUUACAAUAUUAUUAUUUUCAGGGUUAAUACCACAUUACAUUUGUUCGAAAAACUAUGCUGUACGCAUACGCAAAUCGUUUAAAGCAGCUAUCAUGCAGAAUGCGUUUUAAAAUUAAUGUCAAAAUAUCAGUUUUUUAAAUAAGAAAUAUAUACGAACUUGAGUUGUAAGUAAACCACAAUCCACCCUUCAAAUUUCAGACUAAUUCGACGAUCAUUACUAAUAGAAACAUAAUUUAAAAUCAGUCACUGCAGCUUAUAUGCAGUUAACAGUUUAUCAUUUGCAACUAUUGCUUUAUUUAUUCAUUGCAACAAAUUUCAAUUUACCAAUAUUUAUUUUAGUUUAGUUUUGUUGAAAUAAUCACUUAUUUUCAAGAUCCAUAUUUGUUGAUGUAUGGACAGUUUUUUUGAAAAACCAUUAAUAGCUUAUAGAAACAAAUUUCAAUUUACCAAUAUUUAUUUUAGUUUAGUUUUGUUGAAAUAAUCACUUAUUUUCAAGACAAAUAUUUGUUGAUGUAUGGACAGUUUUUUUGAAAAACCAUUAAUAGCUUAUAGAAAAAAUACUGAGAUAUAUUUUUGUACAACUUUGUUAAAUAAUUUUAAUCAGUGAGGAAAUAAAAAAGUUGUUACUUUUGUUGUGGACGUCUAUGUAAGAAUGUUGCAAAGAUUUUGUACAUUACUGAUGUAUACUCGACUUUAACAAAUAAAUAGGCAUAAAAACUUAUGGUACCUCGGUACUUAGCUUCAUUUUGGCUCCGUACAUUAAUACCUUUUCGAAAUUGAUUCUGAUAAGUAUUCUUACUCUUUUUUAGUAAUUGUCAUCUCCGACCGUCAUACAAUCUGUGAAUUAUCAUUAAGACGAAGAACUCGUCACAUCAAAUUUGACUUUUUCUUAGAUUUUUUUUGUUAAUUGAUGUUCAUUCUGUUUAUUGUAAUUUUUAACAAUUUACAAUUUAAUAUCUUGCAUGGACCUCCUGUUACUCUUAUUUUUUAGUGCCCGUCAUUUCAGCUAAUUAUGUUAAGUUUAGAAGCCAAUGAUAUAUUUAAGUAUUAUAUUUAACUACUGUGCUUAAACUUAUCCAAAACAUAAUAUACUUUUCAAAAAAAUAUAACAGAAAGAUAUUUAUUAAUCGAAAAAUGGACAUAUACAGUAUACAUAUGUUGAAACUAGUUGUUUCUAUUUAUGCCAGAGAUUCUGAGCCAAUUUGUGAUUUGUAAACAAUUUUACUCUAUUAGUUUUACAUUCUUGUUUCUUAACCACAUUUUUCUUUAUCUAUUAUAUGGUAUAAAAUGGUUUUACAUGUACAUUAUCUUGUACAAGUCUGCCUCUUGAUCUUUUAUAUGGUAAUAUAAAGAUUGCACAUGUUGCCGAUAAGUGUUUGAUAGGUGAUCCAACUAAAAUAAAUUAUAAUAUACAGUAAGCACCACGCUACUAGAUACAUAGGGUAGGUACCUAAUUCCUAUGAUUAUGGGCUAAUCCGGUCCGUUCUCAGAUGUGACUUUCAUCUCUGUCAUGUUACUGUCAAUAAACUAUUCAAAAUAAUUGUUUUUAUAUACAAAAAAUACAUUAAUUAAUGGUAUUGUUACUCUGCUUUAAAAUAACUUUAUUCAAACACCAAUUCAAGAAUAUUACAAUACUUUAAAACUUUUUACAGCUUUAAUGACAACUAUAAGCGUCAAAUACAGCUGAUCUAUUAAUAAUUGUCAACUUUCUAUGUUAAUAUUCAGUCUCUCUGACGUUCUAAACGUCACUAGACAUAAAAAUAAACAUUGCAACAAGUGAAGGGUCCAGGACUGUAAUAGCUCAAUGUUCCAAUGUGUCUAGUAGGGUGGCGGUUACUGUUAAUUACAAUUUAUUUGAUUUCUACAUCGAAUUUUUCAAAGUUUUGGAUAAGUAACUUUUUAUUCUACUGUUUUUAAACUUGUUUUGUUGCUUUUUACUGGUUUUAGAAGUAGUUGAUUUUUUAUUAUAAACCUUCGAAAUAAACUUGAUUUUUUCUUAAAAA